UGGGUGGUGGCUGGGUUGCGCGAGUGGAGAAGUUUGAGGAGACAAGUUGGUGCAUCUCUUUAAUUGUGUUUAUUUUCCUCACACUCGUCUUCCUCCCGAAGUUUCCCCCCCCCCCCCCCCCUCUUGAUAGUUAACUUCUUGGACAUUUUGAAGCCUUAGUUAAUCCAGUUGGGAAGAUGCAAGCCAUCAAAUGUGUGGUGGUGGGGGAUGGAGCCGUGGGUAAAACCUGUCUACUGAUCAGUUACACGACAAAUGCCUUUCCAGGAGAAUACAUCCCAACCGUAUUCGAUAACUAUUCUGCCAAUGUGAUGGUCGAUGGGAAGCCAGUGAACCUGGGGCUAUGGGAUACGGCUGGACAAGAGGAUUAUGAUCGACUUCGACCACUCUCCUACCCACAGACUGAUGUGUUCUUGAUCUGUUUUUCGUUGGUCAGUCCUGCAUCAUUUGAAAAUGUUCGUGCCAAGUGGUAUCCUGAGGUGCGGCAUCACUGUCCUAGUACUCCAAUAAUCCUCGUAGGCACCAAACUGGAUUUGAGGGACGACAAAGACACCAUAGAGAAACUCAAGGAAAAGAAGCUGGCACCCAUCACCUAUCCACAAGGACUUGCCAUGACAAAGGAGAUUGGUUCCAUGAGGUACCUUGAGUGCUCAGCGCUCACGCAGCGAGGUCUGAAGACGGUGUUUGAUGAGGCCAUCCGUGCGGUGCUGUGCCCAGCUCCUGAAGAAAGGAAAAAGAAGAGGUGUCUGCUACUGUAAAGCUGCACAGUGGCCCAUUUUACCAGAUCAAGCCAAAGGAAUGUGCCAAAAGGAUUGAGUUGGAGCCCAGGCUACUGGAUUUCUGAUGCAAUCUUUGUAAGAUAUUUUUGGGGAUGUAACAUUACGGUUUAUUACUUUUAUAAAAAAGAAAUAUUUUUGCUGUUUUGUCUUUGUAAAUUGUGCUUUCGGACCAAAAAAAGCAUUUUUUUUUUUUUUUUUUGCUUGUUCGAUUUAAUCCUGUCCCUCUACAACAUGUUGAAGAAAGCAGUUCCCCUGCUGGUUGAUAUUCAGUUGCUUCAAUUUGAUGUUACAAAAGCUAUCUUGAAAAAUGUUUUUGGGAGGGGGGGGAGGUGUUUGGGUGUGGGGGGCAAGCUUUUCUUUCUGGGCCCUCCUACACUGUAACUGAGUCAGUAACUCAGUCUCCCAGAACAUCUACUAGUGGGAGCUGGGAAGAUGUUGGCACUGUUGUUCGUGAAAUCUGGAUUGCUCUUCAGUUGCAAAGCAUUUAAAAGUCUGUCUUUAGCGCACGUCUCCAGUCCUAUAUUAACAGGCAGUGAAAUUUGUGCUGUUAAGAACGUCUGUGAGGAAAAAGCCCUUCUCCAAUUAAACCUAAUGUCAGCAUCAAAACACUCCCCAGUUGGCUAUAGCAUAGUUAACUAUAGAGCUCUGAUACACCAGUCUUAAGUAUUUAAAUAGUGCUUUAAGGAUUUUAAAUCCGCAGAGUAUUCAGUCAGAAUUACCCCCAAUUAAGUUUUUUUUUUCUUCCACAAACUAUUGCAGAUAUAGAACCAAAAAUAAAAAUCCCCUGUCUGUAACUCCUUUCCCUGCAAGUAAAACCUGCGUUUUAUUCAUGAGUGCAGACGCUUGCUGCUGGCUGCUCAUCAGUGCUGUACGCGUAGAAUGGGCUCUGCUUCAGUACAGGGCCGCUCCUGUUUGUUUCACAGUGGGGGCUUUGGUGGAGGGGAUGCUGUUCAGGUUGGAGUGGACAUCCUGGGGGAGCAGGCAGGCUUGGCACUGCUGCUAUAUACGAUCUAGUGCCCCUGUGGGUGCAGAUCUUGGCGAUGCACGAACUUGGGCGAAUGGUUUGGCCUUAACGGGGCAUUAGAAUUGGGUUGAGCCUCUGCUUGCUGCAGGUGGACCAUGUAGUGGAAAUGGAUGCUUUCUGCCCAAUUGUCUUCAGAUAUAAACUGGGGCACGGUUUUGGGGGAAGAAGCAGGAGGUGUGUGUGUGUGUGUGUGUGUGUGUGUGUGUGUGUCGCGCUGUAGUUCCAUCACUGUCUUUACCUGCCUUAAUUUGGGCACGGAAGAGCUGGCAGUGGCUUACUUGACACGGAAACGCCUUGGCUCAAUUUUAAUGCCAUAGGCACCGGCAUUUUAACUUCAGCUUCGGAAGGCCCACACGGGGACCUUGAUCCCACCUGCGCGAGAGAGGCUGAGGAAAUGGCAGGCAUCCUCCGGUUUUCCUUGCUCUCCCCAUUCCCCAUUCCCAUUCCCAUCAGCACCACCAGAUUCUAAAGACCAACCGAUGCCAAUUUUCACACUCACACACACACUCACUCACACACACACACUCACUCACACACACACCAGGGAUUUAUUCUCUUGGGGUCCCCUGGAGGGGCUUUUCGGGAUUCCCAACCGGAUUUUGGCUGCCUGGAGACCAUGUUGGGUUAUUUAAAUGAGAUCCAGGAGUUGAAAUGGUAGGAAUUUCCCCUCCCUGACAGCAUCUGCUGUUAAAAUUGACCUUUUCGUAUCAGUACAACUAAUGCCUUGGCUUCCCUCAUGACGCACAGUUUGCUCGUUCCCCACUGCAGGUUUCAGUAAUGUUGUCCUCAGAUUGUCAUUCUAGAUUUGUAGCCCUCUGGAAUAUUAGCUUUAUUUGCUUCAUGUACAAUCUCUUUAUUUUUCUAAAUAUCCAGUAGCUAUCCUGCCUGAUUGCAGUUUUUAUAAAAUCUACAAAUAUAUCAAAGUACAAAAACCACUCUCCCUUUUUGUGCCUUGCAACUUAUGUAACAAACUGUUCUGCCUCAAAAUAGCCAGAAGUGAUAAAAAAAAAUUGCUAUAAACCUUGUCAGUUCUUUUCUAAGAAAAUAAAAUCUGCACUUUGAAAA